UGAGAAUUGCCCCCAAAAAUUUGUUCUUUCAAUCCAGUGAAACUGAAACCCUAGAAAUGUCAGACAGCGACGAUGGCGAUUUCCAGAUUCCCUUUCGAGUGAUCUCCAAAUCCCAGCCUCUGAAGCAAUCCAAUGGAGCUCCGGUGCGGAAGCGAUUGAAGUUGCCGUGUCGGAUUGGGAAGGAGAAUCGAGGAGGAGCUUCGCAAUGUCCUGGCUGGGAGGAUGAAAGAGGGAGAACUCAAAGACCAAAGCUUUUGGCUCCGAGAGCAUCGAAACUGGGAGAAGGGUCAGGGAUUGGUGGCGCAGUAUCCUCAAAAAGCGAUUUUGAUCGGAAGAAUGAUACGGAAGAGGAAAGGUUUGAUAUUUCGAGCUCAAAUGAAUUGAAAGUAGUUGAGAGUUUGGAAUCAAAUGUAUCUGAUUUUGUGCGAGAUGGGCAGGCUCAUGGUGAUGAUUUGAAGGUUCAUGAAUUUGAGGGUUGCGGUGAAAAGGAUGGGUUGGAAAUCGGGAAGAGUAGUUACUACUCAACAUCAGUGGAGGCCAGGCUUUUGGGUUUGAUAUCAAAGCCUGCAUCCAUGAAAUAUAAGGAUGGUUGCUUGGAAGAGGAUGGCUUUGAGGAUUUUGAGCUUGGUUCUCAGCUAAAUGAGCUAAUGAACCUGUGCUGUGAGACUAGCGGAAUUCAUGAUUCUAAUAAUUUAGAGGUUGGGGCAUAUGAAUCCCGAGGAAGUGGCCUUCGAGUGGAUUGUCCCUUGUGUGGUUUUGAUAUUUCAGAUUUGAGUGAGGAGCUUCGACAUGCUCACACAAAUGAUUGUUUGGAUGGAAGGCAUAAGGAUUCUAGUCCAAAUGAAGUGCGUUUGGAUGAAUGUAGAGUCAGUUCUGAUUGUAGAGCUCAUGAUGAGUUUUUAGAAGAGGAGGACUGGAGGAAUGCAACACUAGAAAAGUAUAUACUCUCAUACUCCAAGAUGAGUGAUGAAGGUAGCUCUGGGUUAGGGACAAAUGAUAACGAUAUCAAACUCGACAUAUCUGGUAAACAAGUUAAUAUUCUGGUUGAGUGUCCCAUGUGCGGAACUGAUAUUUCAAAGCUCAGUGAAGAGCUUCGGCAUAUUCACACAAAUGGUUGUCUUGAGGAAAGAGAAAUUUGUAGAACAAGUCCAGUUAAAUCUCAGGGGGAUGCUUUUGGAGAGCUGGAGUCUGACAAUGCUAGAGAUUUGUCAAUCAGUGAAUUUUCAGUGGUAGAAGAAGAGAAUGCUUUAUCUAGAAUUGACAUCUCAAAAGGGAGUGGUGGGAUUGUUGAUACAUCAGUAAUACAAAGGGGUUGCUUGGUUGAAUGCCCAUUAUGUGGAACUGAUAUUACAGGAUUGGGUGAAGAACUCCGACUGGCGCACACCAAUGCUUGUCUGGACAAAGGUGAUAAUACGCAGGUGACAAAUUCUAAUGGUCAAGUAAAAUCUAAUUCACUUGGGCAAGUAGUGGAUGCCAACCCUGUGCUUGAAUGGCUGCGAUCAUUAGGCUUAUCAAAGUAUGAAGAAGCAUUCAGUAGGGAAGAAAUUGAUUGGGAUACAUUGCAGUGGCUAACAGAAGAGGAUCUACUUAGUAUUGGCAUCAGUGCCCUUGGACCUAGAAAGAAGAUUGUCCAUGCACUCAAGGAGCUCAGAAACAGAAACAAUCAUACUGAAGAGAAAGAAAGUGAAGCUUCUCAUUCUUCUUCUUGCAAUGCUAACAUGAAAUUAUCCUCAACAGAUAAUAAACUGAUCACAGAAUACUUCCAAGGUCCAAAGGUGGACAGGAAGACUGUUUGCAGCCAUAACAAACAACUUACUGUGACGGAAAAAGGUAGCAAUGAUUCAGCUCGCAAGAAGGUUGGUGUUAGGAAAAGUUCCAGUAUUUCGAAAAGUAAAGAUACACCAGCUUGGUGUUGCAUACCAGGAACUCCAUUUCGAGUGGAUGCCUUUCGUUAUUUAAGAGGUGAUUGCAGUCAUUGGUUUCUUACACACUUUCACAUAGACCAUUAUCAGGGUCUUACAAGGAGUUUCUGCCAUGGGAAAAUCUAUUGCUCCUCUAUUACAGCACAUCUUGUAAACUCUAAACUUGGUGUACCAUGGGAUAAACUUCAAGUCUUACCCAUCAACCAAAAAUUUACUGUUUCCGGUGUCACUUUGACAUGCUUUGACGCAAACCAUUGCCCUGGGUCUAUAAUCAUACUGUUUGAGCCAUCCAAUGGUAAGGCAGUACUGCAUACUGGUGAUUUCCGUUUUUCUGAGGAAAUGGCUAGCAAUUCCAUUUUACAGUCAUGUCACAUCAACACUCUCAUCCUUGACACUACUUACUGCAAUCCUCAAUAUGAUUUUCCAAAACAAGAGGCAGUAAUACAAUUUGUUAUUGAGGCUAUUCAAGCAGAGACUUUCAACCCAAAGACUCUUUUCCUUAUUGGCACUUACACAAUUGGAAAAGAAAAACUGUUUAUAGAAGUUGCUCGAUUGCUGAGAAAGAAAAUAUAUGUUGGUGCCUCCAAAUUGCGCUUACUGAAAUGCUUGCAACUACCUGCUGAGGAUAUGCAAUGGUUUACUGUAAAUGAGAUGGAAAGCCACAUUCACGUUGUUCCUAUGUGGACAAUAGCAAGCUUUAAACGGCUAAAGCAUUUAUCCAACCAAUACCAUGGCCGAUUUAAUCUUAUUGUUGCAUUUUCCCCUACUGGUUGGACAUUUGGAAAAGGAAAGAAGAAGACUCCUGGAAGAAGAUGGCAACAGGGAACUAUAAUCAGAUAUGAAGUUCCUUACAGUGAGCACUGCAGUUUUUCAGAGUUGAGAGAAUUUGUGAGGUUUAUAUCUCCUGAUCAUAUCAUCCCCAGUGUAAACAAUGAUAGCCCAGAAACAGCAAAUGCCAUGAUUUCUCAUCUCAUCUCUGAUCCAUGA